AUUCUCUGACAAACCACAAGUGAGAGAGCUGUGUCACUCCGAAAGAGGACCCGAUCUGUAUGCUGAAACAUUCUUCUCUCCUGCCGCAGACAAAGUCUCUUUACCAUGGGAAGGAUUGGGAAGGAAGUGGCCGGUCAGGUCAUAAGCUUCAUAGGGCUUGUUGGGGUGUCAGUGACCUGUGGGAUCCCCAUGUGGAGAGUGACGACCUACAUUGGAGCCAACAUCACAACAGCCCAGAUCGUGUGGGACGGCCUGUGGAUGAACUGCGUGAUGCAGAGCACUGGGCAGAUGCAGUGCAGGCUGAAUAACGCUAUUAUGACUAUGACCCGGGAUCUGCAAGCCGCCCAAGCACUGACCAUCAUCUCAAUCCUCUUUGGCUUUAUCGGCUUCAUGAUUACCUUCAUUGGAGUCAAGUGCACCAGCUGCCUUAAGAACGAAUCCUCAAAGGCAAACGUGGUGAUCAUAGGUGGCUGUCUCCUCAUUAUUUCUGCCAUCCUGGUCCUGAUCCCCACCUCCUGGUCUGCAGCCGUCACCAUCACAGACUUUCAGAACCCCUUGACCUUUGAAACACAGAAGAGGGAACUUGGAGCUUCCAUCUACAUCGGCUGGGGCGCUACUGUGCUUCUUCUGAUCGGUGGGAUUAUCCUAACCACGUCCUGCCCUCCGCAAAAACCCAUGUAUGGAUACCCGGGCAAUCAACCAGCACCUAUGUACCCUUACACUGGCCCCAGGCCAAAUCCAGCAACAUAUGCCCCUGUGUAUGCCCCCCCGUCCAGCCAAUCAUACACUGGGACAUACAUACCUAACAAACCGUAUGCAGCACAACCUACAUACACUGCUAGACAAUACCUCUAACAUGGAAAGGACAAAGAAGGCAAAGAUCUUUUUGCCAGGAUUGCUUUAGAAAAUGAUGCUAUUAGACAGUAAAAUUGCACCAAAAUAAACAUUGUAUUUCUAGACGAUGGUAUGUAUUCCACUACAUUGUUGGGAUUUAAAAUGAAUUCACUUAAACAA